GCGGGAGUCUGCAUAACCUUAACCUCCAAUUAAAUUAAGCUUAAAAUCACAGAAAACAAUGUCGAUUCACGUAGAAAAUACAUUACAAAAAACGAAUAAAGAAGCCUUUGAACAGCGUGCACAUUACGUGCCUUGUAAAGUGGAAGAAGAUGGACCUGCUAAUGUUGAGAAAUAUUUCGAGCCGUACGUUGUUGAAGAAGAUGGAGAAUUAACGGCGUCCUUCCGUGGUCACCCUCUAGACGGCACCAAGAUGAGUUUUCCUGAGGGUUACAGAGCCGUAGUCGCCAAUGAGGCCAAGAGACCACUCUCAGAAGACGCUGAUCGCAAAUUCCACGUAGUAGGAGGCUUCAAAGACUUCAUAUACUGGAAUUGGGAUAAGAAGCCGUCCAAGAAUGACAACAUGGUCAAAGCGCUGGAUUGGAUAGAGAUCGCUGAUGCGAUCCAUGGUGAUUGAUCAACUAAUAGAGAAGCUGUUGUGAAAUAUCUAUAACAUUGUAUCAGAUGAACUGUUUAAUUUUAUGACAAGAGGCUAGUUUCCUAUACUUAAAAUGUUUUAUGCAGUGCACGAAGUAAAGCACCACAUAAUUAGAAGAAUUAUAUGGACAGUAGUUAUG